CUACUUCUUCUUCUUCUUCGUCUUCAUCCGAAAAUAUCUCCUUUUAUUCCCAAAAUCUUUAAUGGAAGGCUCUCAAGCUUCUUCGCUCUGUGAUAGCAGGAAUGGUAGGUUGCUCAAUCCAUGGGUUCUUAAUUUUCAAAAGCUUGGUCUUGAGCUCAAAUGCCCUCUCUGCUUGAACUUGCUUAAUCGACCCAUGUUACUUCCAUGCAACCACGUUUUCUGCCAAUCGUGUAUACCUGGUUCGACUCAGUUUGGCGGUGGGUGUCCUAUAUGUCAGGCCCAUUUUUCCGAUCAAGAUCCGAGGCAUUUGCCAUUGAUAGAGAACCUGGCAACAAUCUAUAGAUGCUUGGACGCCACGUUUUCUACCAAUUUGUUUCAGCCUGUUAAAUCUGAAGGUGGGGGAGUUUCAUUUCAAAAUCCUACUUCAACUAAUAUCAUGUUUGACUGUAAAACUAGUAAAGGAGUAACUGAGAAUGGUAAAGAGAACAAGUCGCAUAGUGGACAGUCUAUUAACACGCGAGUAGAACUGAAAAAGAAUAACAAAGAUAUGAAUGGUAGAGGGAUUGGAUUUUGCAGUGCUGUGAUUCCCAACUCAGCACCUCGAUCUCAGGAUGUAGAUGCAAAUGCUGUGAUGCAACCAGCUCCAGACAGCCCUCCUUCAUUUGGUGAUGCCAAAUUUUCAGAUAAUGAUAGCUAUUUUCACGGUAGCGAGCAUAGCUCAGACAAUUCCAUGCUGAAAAGACAAACUCAGGAAAGUGAUGGUGCUAUAGUAGGCAAGCUUAGGAAUUACAGUUCGUCCUUUGGAAACGACAAUGAUGCCAGGGAUGUUAAGAGACUUAAGCAGUCGAAUUGUGAGCUAGUACCAUUAGACACUGACAGUGUUGAUCGCGUCCAACCAAUUUCUCAUGCAAAGCCUGAACCACAGGAACCAAAUAUUUUGGAUGAUAAUAAAUUUGCUUGUGUGUUCUGCCAUUCCUCUAAAAUUACAGAGGAAACAGGGUCAAUGUUACAUUAUUAUAAAGAGAAGUUGGUAAGAGGUCACGAGGCAACACUUUCUAAUGUCAUACAUGUUCACAAAGUGUGCAUCGAUUGGGCACCACAAGUUUUCUAUGAAGAUGAUACAGCUAAGAAUUUGAAAGAGGAAGUGGCGAGGGGUGCAAAACUCAAGUGCUCUGCAUGUGGGAAAAAAGGGGCAGCAUUGGGAUGCUUCGUGAAAUCCUGUCGCAGGAGUUAUCAUGUUCCUUGUGCAAUGAAAAUCUUAAAAUGUCGUUGGAAUCAUGAGAACUACCUAAUGCUCUGUCCGUCACACUCUCAUAUUAAGUUCCCUAAUGAAAGGUCAAAAUCUAAGCUUAAGAAAGCUCUCCCUGAAGAUCACCCGCUGCCUGCUAUAGUGAGCUGUCAGCUAGCAAAUAAAGUUGUUUUACCAGGAGGUGAUAUUGAUACGGUGAAUAAGUUGGUUUUAUGUGGAUCUGCAUUGUCUUCACAGGAGAAGAUUCUCAUGGUCAAGUUUGGUAAAAUGAAAGAUGCUCCUGUGUCCAAGUUUUGGAAUCCAACUGUGUCACAUGUGAUUGCUGCCACAGAUGAGAAGGGUGCUUGCACUCGGACGCUUAAAGUUCUUAUGGCAAUUUUGAAUGGAAGUUGGAUUGUUAAUGUUGAUUGGGUUAAAGCUUCCAUGGAAUCAAAUUGCCAUGUAGAUGAAGAACCUUAUGAAGUUAAUCUCGACAACUAUGGGUGUUGUGAUGGUCCGAAGAAUGGCAGGCUUAGGGCAUUGAGUAAUGCACGGAAUCUCUUUACCGGCUUGCAUUUCUAUUUCGUGGGUGAUUUUCUACCUUCUUACAAGGAAGAUCUACAAGAUUUAGUCAUAGCAGGUGGUGGUGCUGUGUUGGAAAGCCGAGAAGAACUGGUAGCACAAAAUUAUGAUCGACAGGAAGCUCAAUCUCCCAAGGCAUUGAUCGCUUACAAUGUUGAUCCUCCAGAAGGAUGCAAACUUGGGGACGAAGUUUCGAUCCUAUGGCAAAGGUUAACUGAGGCUGAAGAUGUAGCUUCUCAAACUGGAGCUCAAGUUAUCGCUCACACAUGGCUGUUGGAGUCCAUUGCGGGAUAUAAGUUGCAGCCCCUUGUCAGCUAACUUCCCAAGUUGCCAUUUUUUUGUUCAUUGAGUUAAGUUAGGAACCGACUACACUAACACCAAGUUAGAUCUAAUAUCCCAAUAAAUUCCAUUAGAUCUGUAACUUUUAAUUUUCUUUUGAACAAAUAAUCCUUUGUAAGAAAAGUUGUUGAGCUUAGUUUGUAAUAUAGUGGCUUUCAAUUUCAUGUUCAAA